AUGGCCGAGUUUCGCAACGUCGAGAUGCACACAUCACAACAGCACGGCAUAACACACGCUACAGGCUACCCCAAGGGAGCAUCCGUCGGAUACAAUGACCACGAUUCCAGUAUCAAAGAAUCAGGUCGACCUGACCUGCAGGAAAAGUCAGCUCAGUCCGCCUUCAAUAUCGUCGAGACCCCUAUGCGAUCUGCAACAACCUUCUUUGUCCCGCCGCAGCAGCAGCGCGAUCAACGAUGGUGGCACAGAAUUGGCCGCCCUGGAAUAAUUACCCUCACAUUUGGUACGGGUGUUACAUUCUUUUGUACCGCACUCCUUAUCUUCCUCUGGAACGGCGCCGACAGAGCAAGAAGUGGCCAUCAUCGUGCCAAAUUUUGGGACGACAUCGUAUUCAACGGCUGGGCAACACAGCUAGUCACCAUCUGCUCUGCUGGCAUACGAGUGUCGAUUGGUUUUCAGAUUGGCCUUGCCGCUGCUGCAAUGGCAGCCGUUAUCCUCGAGACUUCAGGUAGUCGUUUCUGUGAUACAGCGAUGCUGUCUAUCCAGAGAGCCUCAAGCUCUAGCGCCGGCCCGUUGGGUCUCCUCCCCACGGCUUGGAGGCACUUCUUUGCAGGUCGCGCCUCGGGACUUCUUUAUCUUCUAGUUCUUGCUCUAACGGUCGUCAUUGCAUUAAUAUCAACCCUCACCUCGACUAUCCUCCUCUUCGAUCUCGGCGAAGGCCAGAUCUCGGCUCCGAUAACCACUGCUAUCAGAGCUGUUGGCUUCGAUACAGCAGACAGCUCUGCUUACAGCAGCAUUGCGUACUGGAGAUCCAGGCCUCUAGCCCAUUGGCGAUUUGCCGAGACCCGUCCUGCCGAGAUGGAGACACCACUUCGCAUCGAGAAUGCUGUCGAUACAGGAGACGUCUAUCGCGCAAUUCUGCCGUAUGACAAGGCAUCGGACAGAACUACUCUCGAGUAUUAUCAUGGUCCUGCUGUUGUUAUCAAUCAGCGAACUGCUUGUUUCCCACCAACUUUCAUCAAUACUUCAAUCCAGUGGGACACAGGUGAAAGGACAGGGAUCAACGGCUUGUAUCUAAACGCUACAUUCGCCGUCGAAAACCAGACUGACUUCCUUGGUGAGGAGCUAAGCAAGCCUGUACAGGUAUAUUGCAAGCUACACAACAUCUGGAAUGACACCAAAACGUCGACGAACUGGCCAACUGCCUUGUGCAACGAGCUUGCGAUGGUGGAAGUGUCCUCGAAAAACGUUACGAUGAAUCCGCUAUCUGGUUGGUCAUAUGGCUUUAGAUAUGUUACCCUCGUAAACUCUGGUGAAGUGCUGAAUGGGCGUUUUGAGUCAGGCAUGGGUAGUGCAAUCCCGCCUGACCUUCAAAAGGAGUUGAAUAAUUUGACAUAUCGGACAGACGGGCCAUGGACAUUAGCCCAGACAGCUAAUGGGACUGAGGUGUUAAACGCCACUAUGUGUUUCAUCAGCCAGAAUCUGCCUCACAAGUUCAACGUCACUAUGACCGGGAAAGCCGUCGCUUCAGAACCUACGUUCUUGACGGAGUUGUCAAGCCUUACAGUCCUAAGGAACGAUACAGGUGUUCUCAGACAACUUGGCGUUGGUAUCUCUCCAGACAAUACCACGGGACGCGGCACCUUGAAUCUCGAAGUCCACUCAGGGCCAGACCUUUGGAUGGAGCUCGACGGAGAAGUAUCGAUACAGUCUGCGUACUUGGAGCUUUGGGUCACACUGGUUGAAUUUUCCACUCUCGGUGGCUGGAGCCUCGCAGGCAACAUUGUGUUCAAUGACCUCACCACUACGGUCAUUUGGGCGACGCAUCCAGAGCAUGCAGCUAUGUUCCAGAAAAUCCUCCAUGAGACCGGCAACCCAGCACUAGCCCUGCAAGCAGUUAUGUUCCGUGUUUAUCAGAUGUUAUACUACGACUGGCUUCCCAUCUUCGAACCUACACACGAGGUUACCACUAUCAAUGCCCAGAACGUCGUCGUCCCACAACAGUGGACUGGUUUCAUCAUUGCCAUAACUAUUCUCAUUAUGCACUUUAUCCUGACAGCUCUUACCUUGGUGCUGUUUGCAAAGCGAACUCAAUCAUCCCUUCUGGGCAAUGCUUGGCAGGCUGUUUCACAGUUGGUCUCUCCCGAGACACAGGAUAUCAUACGCGCAGCUGGUAGCGAGGGCAUGAAGGAUAGACAGGUUGAGGCGUUGGCGAGAUCAGCGGGCAGAAACAGAGAGGUUUAUGCUUUGGCAAGCGGUGUUGAUAAUGGUAGGAUUGAGUUGUGUGUGCGUUAG